AAAAAAGAGAAAGCUGCAAGUCAUUUUAAAAGUUUUUUCACAAAAAAAGAAUUUCCUAAAAAGCCAGAUGAAUCAAAAUUUGAUAAAUGGUUUGCGCUUCCAUUUCAAUUAAAGCCAAAUCAAAGCAUUGCCCCUAUAAGAAGAAAAAAUGAAAUAGAUGUUAUGCUUCUAGAUAGUUGCAUUGAAAAGGAAUUGGACGGGUUGUCGACCUACAUUGACGAGAAUCUUUCUAAAUUCAAAAAUAUAAAGCUGUUAAGUCGCAGAAGCCAAAGAACUAAAUUAAACAAUAUUUCACUUAAUAAUUCAUCUGUGCUAUCUCCACAGUCAGUGUUAUCUCCACAGCAUCAGAAUAAUUAUUGUAACAACUCAUCUGUUAACUCUUUUGUAUCUCCUGUGUGUCAAAAGGUUGAUGAUGGAAUUAUUUUAAUAGAUGAUGAGAGUUCUUCUGAGGAUGACAAAAUUUGUUCCAGAAAACAAACUUCAAAUCUAGUAAAGUUGCUGCAGUUUUCAGAAAAUACGAGACCAGCCUAUUAUGGGACGUGGAGAAAAAAAUCUAAAUUUGUUACUGGAAGAAAUCCUUUUAAAAAAGAUGAGGAUAUUUUUGAUUACACUAUUGACAGCGAUGAAGAAUGGGAAGAUGAACCAGGUGAAGAUUUAGAUGACCAUAUAGAUGACGAAGAUAAGGAAGAAGAUGAAACUGAAGAUGACAAAGAUGGAUUUUUUGUUCCACAUGGUUAUCUUUCAGACAAUGAAGGUAUUCAAGAAGAUUCUUUUGAUGACGACUUGUUACCAGGUGUUCAAAAUAAAAGUCACGAGGAAAAUACACCGUUGUGUUCUUUUGAACGAGAGUUUCAGAAAAAGUCUAAACCACUAAAACCAAUAUGUAUCGGGAUAAUGUUUUGUAAAUCAUUAGAGACAGUACAUCCUUUGUUAAAAGACUAUAUGAGUGUUGCAUUAUUUCAAACAGACAAUGAUAAAACUGAAGAAAAUUGUGAUAAAAUAGAACCUUUAAAGCUCUCUGAUAGUUGUACUCCACAGAUUGUACCUGAGGAAGCUAUGCCAUUCUUACUUCAAUAUAUUCACGGUAGCUCCACGCGGUUAAGAGAGAUGGUGGUUGAAUUUAUUCAGUUUUGGCGAAAAUACUCAAGAAUGAAAAAUUUAUCCUUUCGGUACGAUAUUUCUAAAAGACAGUUAACCAAUAAAAUAAAAUCUAUUUCUACGCGAAGUUAUAACAAUAAUCUUGGGAAAAUGUGUUAUAUGGUAAAUGAUGUUGUUUUACAGAAUUAUAAGCUUGGGGAAUUAAAAUUAGGAUUGGGCUUGCCUUCAUUUGAUGAAAAUUUUGAUAAUAGUUGUGAAGCAUCAAUUUGUAAAUAGAUAAAACUUCCUUUCAUUGACUUAAAUACCUUUCAACUUUUUCAACUUGAAAUAUAUUUAUUGUUGCAUUUUUAAACAUGUAAAUCGCACAUGCA